CGGGCGCAAGGAUGCUCUCUGACCCCGGUCUCUGACUUUUCCACCCCGUUCCUGCAGUUUUCCCUCCAGAUGUGAGCGGGUGAGGGAGAACUCUGCUGUCAUGGAUGGCGCCCGUGGGGACCGAGGCCGCCCCGUCCCGCCGCUGAGGUGCCCGCUGCCCCCAGCCCAGCCCGGCCGUGCUGCCCACGAUGAACAAGCUGCCCUUCCACAACAACCGAGUCAUGCAGGACCGCCGCAGCGUGUGCAUCUUCCUCCCCAACGAUGACUCCCUCAACAUCAUCAUCAACGUGAAGAUCCUGUGCCACGAGCUCCUCGUGCAGGUGUGCGACCUCCUGAGGCUGAAGGACUGCCACCUCUUUGGGCUCAGCGUCAUCCAGAACAAUGAGCACGUCUACAUGGACCUGGCCCAGAAACUCUACAAGUACUGCCCCAAGGAGUGGAAGAAGGAGGCCAGCAAGGUCAGCGGUGAGGUGUUGCAUGGAGAGAUGACAGCACUAAGGCCACCUCUGUCCCCGGCGCAGGGGAUCGACCAGUUCGGCCCCCCCAUGAUCAUCCACUUCCGAGUGCAGUACUACGUGGAGAACGGCCGGCUGAUCAGCGACCGCACGGCGCGGUACUACUACUACUGGCACCUGCGCAAGCAGGUGCUGCACUCGCAGUGCGUGCUGAGAGAAGAAGCCUAUUUUCUGCUCACUGCCUUCGCCCUGCAAGCUGACCUGGGCGACUUCAAGCGCAACAAGCACUACGGGAAGUACUUCGAGCCUGAAGCCUAUUUUCCUGCCUGGGUGGUGGCGAAGCGGGGCCGGGACUACAUCCUGAAGCACAUCCCCAACAUGCACAAGGAUCAGUUUGCCCUGACGGCCUCCGAAGCCCACCUGAAGUACAUCAAGGAGGCCGUGCGGCUGGACGACGUGGCCGUGCACUACUACCGGCUGUACAAGGACAAGAGGGAAGUGGAUGCCUCCCUGACACUGGGGCUGACGACGCGGGGCAUUCAGAUCUUCCAGAACCUGGAUGAGGAGAAGCAGCUGCUCUAUGACUUCCCCUGGACCAACGUGGGCAAACUGGUGUUUGUGGGCAAGAAGUUUGAGAUCCUUCCUGACGGGCUGCCCUCGGCCAGGAAGCUCAUCUACUACACGGGCUGCCCGCUGCGCUCCCGUCACCUCCUGCAGCUGCUGAGCAGCAGCCACCGGCUCUACAUGAACCUGCAGCCCGUGCUGCGGCAGGUCCGCAGGCUGGAGGAGAACGAGGAGAAGAAGCAGUACCGUGAGUCGUACAUCAGCGACACGCUGGACCUGGACAUGGAGCAGCUGGAGAAGCGCUCGCGGGCCAGUGGCAGCAGCGCCGGCAGCAUCCGGCACAAGCGCCUGUCCCGGCACUCCACCGCCAGCCACAGCAGCUCCCACACCUCGGGCAUCGAGGCUGACCCCAAACCCCGGGACAUGGGACCCGAGGACGCCGGCGUUCACCGCAAGCUGAAGACCUGCAGCUCCAUGAACAGCCACGGCAGCUCUCACACCUCCGGGGUGGAGAGCGGGGGCAAGGACCGGCUGGAGGAGGAUCUGCAGGAUGACGAGAUCGAGAUGCUGGUGGAUGACCCGCGGGAGCUGGAGCGAGCGGGCGAGCUGGCGCUGGAGGUGAGCCCCGACAUGUGCGUGUACAUCACCGAGGACAUGCUGCUGUCACGCAAGUUCAACGGGCACUCAGGGCUGAUCGUAAAGGAGCUCAGUUCCUCCACCUCCAGCUCCUCAGAGACUGUGGUGAAGCUCCGAGGGCAGAGCACCGACUCCUUACCCCAGACGGCGUGCAGGAAACCCAAAACGUCGACAGACCGGCACAGCCUGAGCCUGGACGACAUCCGGCUCUACCAGAAGGACUUCCUGCAGCUGGCUGACCUGUGCCAGGACACGGCGCAGAGCUACACCUUCGGCUGCGGCCACGGCCUCGGCGACGAUGGCCUCUACUGCAACGGCUGCCUGGCCCGGCAGUGCCUCAACAUCCAGGAGGGCUUCCCCGCCAAACGGACCAGCAAAUACUUCUCACUGGACCUCACCCAUGACGAAGUCCCUGAGUUUGUGGUCUGAGGGCGGCGGGGACAGCGCAGGCUGCUGCCCAGGGGGGUCUGGGCCGCGCCGAGCCCCGCUGCGGCCUACCCGAGCCCUGCCCGCCGAGCGAGGCCGCGGGGAUGGCUGAGCUCAGAGUGGGGCUGGGGGGACGGGGACUGGUCCCUCAGCGUCCUUCCACCUCUGGAAGUCGACGUGUGUGCAUGAAUCGUCUUCUUUCACCUCGGAGGAGCACAAGGCGCUCAUCCAGCCGAAGCCAACCUGUGGUUUCCCGGUGGCAAAGAUGGGGAUUCUCCCCACCCCGACCCCUGUCCUUAGCAUUGCCACUGCCUGCUGGGAAGAAAAUGCCAGACUGCUGCGUCCAAGUCAAGCCAAAGAGAUGUAAAUACCCUAAAGGCCAGUAUGGGAAGCAAGAAUUAAGCAAUAAGCACCAGCGAUGUCUGUGCAUGGGAAGGAAAUCCUUCCAGGAACAAUGCUGGAGCCCGGCUCUGAGCGGUGCUGCUCAGGGGCUUCAUGGAGCUUUGUUUUACAAAAACAAAUCCAGAAACCAAAAAUACCCCAAAAAAGGAAAAGGAGAGUGGAAAGCAUCAUCUGUAAUAGUACCACAAUAAUGCUUCCCGAUAUAUAGAAGUCACAUAUAUAAAUAUAUCAAGGUACGUAUGUUUAUAUAUGUCUGGAUCUUAUAGACCCAUUUUCCUUUUAUUCCUGCUCCAAAAUACCUUUUAUACAAAGGAUACGCCUCUCUCUGACGAAGCAUAUAGACAAUCAUUUUUAUUCCGAAGCACUAAAGUGAGAAAAUGGACCUUCCUAUGGAGGAGAACACGUAUGCAACCGCGUUGGGAGCGCGGCUCUGCCCGGCGCGGCCCCACGAAGCUUUCUGUGCAUCUUUCAGUCCUUAUGGUCCCAAGAGUUCUUGCUCAAGGAUGGCAGUGAUGUGUGCCCAGGAAGCCAGCCCAGGUGUCACGCCGUCGGCACCGCAGGGCGCGAUGCAAGUGUUGACAGCACAAUGCCUUCUUAGUCGAUAUUUUUAAUACGAGUUUAGCGAUCGACAGCCAAAGUUUGACCGUAUUUUGAUAUGCCACCCUUUUUUUUUUU